AUGAUGAGGUUCGGACUCAAGGCAGCUACUGUGGGCUUAAUACUGGCUGUCGGACACGCCGUCCGCGAACAAGUCGGGCCGAGCUCCAGUCAAGAGGCGAAUCAGAUCCGGGAAAUCUUCUCUCCGUAUUGGUUCCUGCUGAGCCGCAAGGGCCACGAUAUUGGGAAGAGACCCGACAUGGCGGUGCUGCUGGUCGACACGCAGGGAUCGUACGAUCACGCGACCUCCAAGACUCAACUGGGCUCCCUGUUCGGGCGCAGCACUAAAAUCUUCAACGUGGGCGUGAAGAACAAGGACCCAUACGACAGCCUCGGUGGUCUUUCGCUUCUUUUAGAGUACAGAGCACGCCUGAAGGAGAUCAAAGGCAGGCAAGACACGAAAUCCCGACCCUUGCAGCGGCUGGAAUUUCUCUUCAGGGACCGGCAAAUGUGGGAUCAUCGCGACGACCCUGCGCGAGCGCCGCCUGAAACACUACGCUAA